GGUUAGUGGUGGGAUAACGCUGGAUCGUGGUCGAUGUAACGUUGGUUAGUGUUGAAAUAACGCUGGAUCGUGGUCGAGGUAACGUUGGUUAGUGGUGGGAUAACGCUGGAUCGUGGUGAAGGUUACGUUGGUUAGCGGUGGGAUAACGCUGGAUCGUGGUGGAGGUUACGUUGGUUAGCGGUGGGAUAACGCUGGAUUGUGGUGGAGGUUACGUUGGUUAGUGGUGGGAUAACGCUGGAUCGUGGUGAAGGUUACGUUGGUUAGCGGUGGGAUAACGCUGGAUCGUGGUGGAGGUUACGUUGGUUAGCGGUGGGAUAACGCUGGAUCGUGGUGGAGGUAACGUUGGUUAGUGGUGGGAUAACGCUGGAUCGUGGUGGAGGUAAAGUUGGUUAGUGGUGGGAUAACGCUGGAUCGUGGUGGCAAACACGACCAGAGUUUCUCUUUCAGUUGUGUCCAUUGCACGCGUUAACCGAACCUUAAGUAUAUUACUCAGGAUGGAAAUUUUAAAAGCGUUCAUUCUUCUAGCAUGUUCAGUGUAUGCGACAUGUGCAGAAGAAUCGUCAGCGUGUGCAGCAGUUGCAACAGAGGAAACAAACCUCUAUGGCACUCUGUCAGUGUUGACCGACCAACAACCCAAUGGGACUGUGCUAUUGAGGAUGACCCCAAAUUUUGACAUGAAUAUAAGCGUUGUUUGGAAAUACGCCUUCAAAUAUGACUCAGUUGCAAGUGCCAGAACAGUUACACCAAACAACACAAACUUUCGGUUGUAUGAAAAUGGUGCUUUAUACUUGAUGCUUAUAAACGCAAGCAUUGACUACAACGAAACUUACUUUUGGGUUGAGCAGUCGGACAGGAGAAUAGUUAUGUCGCCAUUCAUUCAGCUGAUUCUGAAAGGUAAAUGUAAAACCAAUACCAACAAAGAUGCAGAUCAUACUUUGUUUCCUCUCGUUCUAUCAUCGACCAUUGGAAUCUGCGUUGUGUUCUUUCUCUUUAUAGGAACCUUGAUAUUCUUCAUUUCUGCUAUCAUGAAAACGGAUUUAUAUCAAAGACUGGUGUUAAGAAGAAGAAGUACUAACGGGACACAAUAACAAAAUUACAUCGCUUGUUAUGAAGAAAACCUUCGUCUGGAGCUAGUAGGUACUGUUUGCAGAUAUAACUCCAAAAGCACCUUAUUGACGAAGUUGUUUUUAAGGAAUUGACUGAAAAACUUAAUUGAAUAAUUAUGUUUCAAAACUGUAUCCAUGCAGGUUGUUUUUGACACCUUUCAAAUGCAUAUCGGAUCACGCUCUGCUUGUAGCUUACGUAGAUGACCAAGGUGUUACGGUUGUUUUCGGAGCUCAUGGGAGAUGACCGAGGUGUUACGGUUGUGUUCGGAGCUCAUGGGAGAUGACCGACGUGUUACGGUUGUUUUCGGAGCUAUAGGAGAUGAUCGACUUGUUAAGAUUUCACGAGGGCGUCAAGAACGGAGUCGAAAGAUACACUUAAACAUCUUAUGAACAAAAGGCAACAGCGACUUCAAAAUGCUACAAUCAGUUAAUAAACUGAGGAUUCCAUUGCAGAGGUCCAGAUGCUAUAGACACUAUAAACAUGAGAUUUAUCCACGGAACAAUGUUUUUAAACUACACCAUUGCUCAUGAAUAAUUUUACAUCAACAUAAAACUUUCAUUUGUUCUGGUUAUACACGAUUGGUUUGUUUGAAUACCUAAUAAAAGCUGAGAUGUUUAAGUGUUUUUAUAUGGUAGAUACUCAAGUCGUCGACUAAUUCAACCUCAUAUUUUCAAUUAGGAAUGAACCAUUGUUAAGAAUGUUAGAAUAUGAUUUCAAAAAAAUCCAAACUUUAUCAGUGCCUUCACUUUAUAGUGACGACGCGUACCUAGUGAAAACUCGAACUCCACAAGUCGGAUGUGUCGCCUAACGAAUUAUUUACUGUCGACAUUAUAGCUGUUGGAU